CGCCCACCACCACCUCCCCUCCCGUCUAGAGGCCUCUCCUAAUUCCAGCCUCCUCUAGCAAUACUAUGGCUUACGUAUUCAAGCGAGGUAUACGCAAGGAGCGCGUGCAGUUUGACAAGAUCACUGCCCGGAUAUCCAAGCUCUGCUAUGGUCUCGAUGCUGUACACGUUGACUCGAUCGAGGUGGCCCAAAAGGUCAUCGCCGGUGUCUACCCUGGAGUGACAACUGUGGAGCUCGACAACCUCGCAUCCGAGACGGCCGCCUACCUUACCACAAAACAUCCUGACUAUGCCAUCCUAGCCGCUCGCAUCGCCGUCUCCAACCUACACAAAGAGACGAAGAAGAACUUCUCAGAGGUGAUCAAGGACCUAUAUGAAUAUGUUAACCCAAAGAACGGUCGUCCUGCUGGGAUGAUCUCUAAGGAGACGUACGACUUUGUGAUGCAGAAUGCCGAACUCCUUGAUUCAUCUAUCAUCUAUGAGCGUGAUUUCACCUACAACUUCUUCGGCUUCAAGACACUUGAACGCUCCUACCUACUAAGGAUCAAUGGCCGCGUCGCCGAACGCCCACAGCACAUGCUCAUGCGUGUCGCCGUCGGUAUUCACGGUAACGACAUCGACCGUGCUAUUGAGACCUACAACAUGAUGUCUCAGCGCUACUUCAUCCACGCCUCACCUACGCUCUUCAACGCUGGGACACCUCACCCUCAGCUCAGCUCAUGCUUCCUAGUCUGCAUGAAGGAUGACUCCAUUGAAGGCAUCUACGACACCCUCAAGAACUGCGCCAUGAUCAGCAAGACUGCUGGUGGUAUCGGUUUGAGCAUCCAUAAUAUCCGGGCUACUGGCUCGUACAUCGCGGGUACCAAUGGGUACUCCAAUGGUAUUGUACCCAUGCUCCGGGCGUACGACGCGACCGCACGUUACGUCGACCAGGGUGGCAACAAGCGACCUGGUGCUUUUGCUAUUUACCUCGAGCCUUGGCACGCGGACGUGUUCGAUUUCCUAGACCUCAGGAAGAACCACGGGAAGGAGGAAGUCCGUGCCAGGGAUCUGUUCUAUGCUCUCUGGAUUCCGGAUCUCUUCAUGAAGCGGGUUAAGGCCAAUGGCAACUGGACCCUGAUGUGCCCUAACGAGGCCCCGGGUCUCCAUGAGGUUUACGGCGAAGAGUUCGAGAAGCUUUACGAGAAGUAUGAGAACGAAGGCCGCGGCAGGAAGACGAUGCCUGCUCAGAAGCUUUGGUACGCGAUCUUGGAGGCCCAGAUCGAGACCGGUGGCCCAUUCAUGCUCUACAAGGAUGCUGCCAACAACAAGUCCAACCAGAAGAACCUUGGUACCAUCAAGUCUUCCAACUUGUGCACGGAGAUCAUCGAGUACUCCUCGCCCGACGAGACCGCCGUCUGCAACUUGGGCUCGCUCGCCCUGCCUUCCUUCGUCGUGGACGGCCAGUACGACUUCAAGAAGUUGCACGACGUCGCCAAGGUUCUCGCGUACAACCUGAACCGCAUCAUCGACGUGAACUACUACCCCAUACCUGAGGCAAGGCGCUCGAACAUGCGCCACCGUCCCAUCGGUUUGGGUGUCAACGGCCUCGCCGAUACCUUCAUGGCGCUCCGCAUGCCGUUUGACUCCGACGAGGCGAGGCAGCUGAACCUUCAGAUCUUCGAGACUAUCUACCACGCUGCCCUCGAGAUGAGCAGCGAGCUCGCCGAGCGCGACGGGCCGUACGAGACUUGGGAAGGUAGCCCUGCUUCGCAGGGACAGCUCCAGUUCGACUUGUGGGGGGUGACCCCGACUGACCUGUGGGACUGGACGAGCUUGAAGGAGAAGAUUGGCAAGACUGGUUUGAGGAACUCGCUCCUGGUUGCUCCCAUGCCGACUGCUUCUACGAGUCAGAUUUUAGGCUUCAAUGAGUGCUUCGAGCCCUACACGAGCAAUAUUUACACUCGUCGCGUCCUAUCUGGAGAGUUCCAAGUCGUCUGCCCUUGGCUCCUCAGGGAGCUGGUGGACCGCAAACUGUGGGAUGAUCAGAUGAGGAACCGCAUCAUCGCGCACAACGGUUCCAUUCAACAUAUCCCUGAGAUACCUGACGACCUGAAGAAGAUCUACAAGACGGUCUGGGAGAUCAGCCAGAAGAAGAUCCUCGACAUGGCGGCGGACCGCGGCGCGUUCAUCUGCCAGAGCCAGUCGCUCAACGUGCACUUGCAGUCGCCGACCAUGGGCCAGCUCACGAGCAUGCACUUCUACGGGUGGUCGAAGGGUCUGAAGACCGGUAUGUACUACUUGAGGACGCGGCCGGCGUCACAGGCCAUCCAGUUCACUGUCGACGUCAACGUCGUCAAGGAUGCGAAAAAGACGCAGUCCGAGAGCCGGACGCCUGCUGCUGUCAAGACAGUGGCGGGUGUCAUCACUCCUUCGCCCUCGCCCUCCCCAGCGCGCGCCACCGCUCAGGUGCUCACUGCGACGAUCAGCGAGUCGAAGCCUGCCGAACAGGAUGACGCCCCCGCGAAGCCUGCGCCCCAAGCAGAGACUGCUCCCGUCGUUGCUGAGCCUUCGUCGGUCGAGGGCUUGGACGAGCGGACGAGGAAGGCUGCCGAGGCCGACCCCGAGUUCGCCGCUGCUCUGCGCAGACAGCAGGAGAGACAGCUCGAGGAGGCCAAGCUCCUGUGCUCGCUAGAAAACAAGGAGGCUUGUGUUAUGUGCUCCGGCUGAGUGAGCCGUGAGUGGACUGAGUGUUGUUGUAUAGAUUUGAUUUCCCAUCGCUUUCGCAUUGUCGUGUCUCAUCCUCUUCCUCUAGUCUCUAGCUCUGUCACCUGUAUCGAUCCACAUAUAUGUCAUUCAGUAUAUCCUGCCUGUACUAUCGUUGUCAUAUCUAUCUAAUGCACUUGCCUUCCCAUCCGAUGACAUUGUCAGGCGCGUCCAGUGAAUCC